AUGGCACCGGCGGCAGUAGAGACCGAAUCGAUCUUACCACCAGGAAAUGGUCUGAAAUUCCUCAAGGAGAAUGCGAAACAACUGCAAAAUGGCUCAUCGAAAAACGACACGUCCAGUGCCACAGAAACGUCGAUAGCCACGGUCGUCUCCCUUCCAACACAAACACGAAUUCCACAUGAAGAAUAUCAAUACCUAGACCUCAUUCGCGAUGUCCUACACAGAGGAGAGCAUCGACCAGACCGGACGGGAACAGGCACACUCUCACUGUUUGCGCCUCCACAACUGCGAUUCAGCCUAUCCAAACCAGAUCCCACAUCACCCAGCGCAGAUCGUAUACCAGUCCUCCCACUUCUGACCACGAAACGUGUCUUCCUCCGUGCCGUGACGACAGAACUUCUGUGGUUUGUCUCCGGGUGCACGACGUCCAAGCCUCUCUCCGAAGCCGGAAUCCACAUCUGGGACGGCAACGGGUCGCGAGAAUUCCUAGACAAGCUGGGCUUCACCGAACGUGAGGAAGGCGAUCUUGGCCCCGUCUAUGGCUUCCAAUGGCGGCAUUUCGGAGCCGAGUAUGAGAACUGUCAUGCAGACUACAAUGGCAGAGGUGUUGAUCAGAUCAAGGAAAUCGUGCAGAAGCUGAAACACAAUCCCUACGACCGUAGAAUCAUCCUGAGUGCAUGGAACGUGGCGGAUCUGUCCAAGAUGGCUCUUCCACCUUGCCACAUGUUUGCUCAAUUCUAUGUCAGCUAUCCUGAUGCCGUUAGAGGUGAAGCUGCACUUCAACAGCGGCAAGAGAAUGGCACCAACGGUUCAGCAGAUGUACCAAAAGAGAAAUCCAAGGGCCAUCUCUCAUGUAUGCUGUAUCAGCGCUCAUGUGACAUGGGACUAGGCGUGCCCUUCAACAUCGCCUCCUACGCUCUUUUGACACACAUGUUGGCCUAUGCCUGUGAUCUUGUGCCAGGUGAGCUGAUCCACAAUAUGGGCGACUCGCAUGUCUAUCUGGACCAUAUCGAUGCUCUGAAAGAGCAGCUUCUACGAGAGCCAAGAGAGUUCCCGACCUUGAACAUUAACCGUGAUGACCGAGGGAGUGGGGAGAUGGACGGCUGGAAAAUGGAAGACUUUGACGUCGUGGCUUACAAACCGCAUGGUGGCAUCAAGAUGAAGAUGAGUGUAUGA